AUGGCUGCAUACAUAGAAAAUGCCAAACAGGUUGGCCGCCUUGAAAACGCAAUUGGCUGGUAUCAUAGCCACUCUGUUUAUGGCUGCUGGCUCUCUGGAAUUGAUGUUAGUACACAGAUGCUUAACCAGCAAUUCCAGGAACCAUUUGUGGCUGUGGUGAUUGACCCAACCAGAACAAUAUCUGCAGGAAAAGUGAAUCUUGGCGCCUUUAGGACAUAUCCAAAGGGCUACAAGCCUCCUGAUGAAGGACCUUCUGAAUACCAGACUAUCCCACUUAAUAAAAUAGAAGAUUUUGGCGUGCACUGAAAACAAUAUUAUGCCUUAGAAGUCUCAUAUUUCAAAUCCUCUUUGGAUCGUAAACUACUUGAGCUCUUGUGGAAUAAAUACUGGGUGAAUACCCUGAGUUCCUCUAGCUUGCUUACUAAUGCAGACUAUACCACUGGCCAAGUGUUUGAUUUGUCUGAAAAAUUAGAGCAGUCGGAAGCCCAGCUGGGACGAGGGAGUUUCAUGUUGGGUUUAGAAACACAUGACCGGAAGUCAGAAGACAAACUUGCCAAAGCUACUAGAGACAGCUGUAAAACAACCAUAGAAGCCAUCCACGGAUUGAUGUCUCAGAUUAUUAAGGAUAAACUGUUUAAUCAAAUUAACGUCGCUUAGGUACCACUGAGUACUCUUCCUGAAAGUGAAAAUGUGGAAGAAAACAAAGCUCUAAUAACACUUUUAAACCAGUUAGCAAGACUCAGACUAGAAGACAACGGUGCUGUGCGGAGACCUGAAUGUUAGCACUAUAAUAAAACUAUCACGUGAAAAAAAAA